AGCAAGACGACGACGACCAUCUGCGCAUCGUUCGAUCCGCGGCAGAGGCCAGAGAGACUAACCAUUAUAACCCAGUCGGGCCGAGACGGCUGAUAGUGCGAUAUCUUUUUGUAUCCUGAAAAAUGGCAUGGUUAUGCGCUCGUACCGUGCUCCAAACAUGUCGUCGGCAGAUCUCAUAUAGUCUCGCGUGCGCCCAAAGGAAACAAGAAUUUGCCGAUCCGCUCGAUCAUGCCACGGGCUUGGAGAAGAGGGAAAUGCUCGCCCAUUUAGCCGGUAACGAUGAUCCAUACAAUCUGACCAUAAAGCGGCGAGCGAUCAGCACAAAAGAAGAUCCCAAUAUAGUCUAUAGCGCAUUCGAGAGUCGCAUGAUGGGAUGCAUCUGCGACGAGGAUUCAACACACGUGAACUGGAUGUGGUUGCACCAAGGUCCUCCACGUCGUUGCGAAUGCGGCCACUGGUUCAAAUUGGUUGAGAAAGCACCUAUAUAAUAUUCUUAAGGAUGUGUGAGAUAGUGGAUUGUUUUCUGCAUAGAAUUAAUGUUGCAUUACAUUAGACAGUAAUUAUGUCUAUCUUCAUUUAUUACCAAAUCCUGCCUCCAUCCUAUCGAAAAUUUAAAUUACUCAUUUAUUGUAUGGAAAUCACAGAAAUAAAUAUAUUGUAAAUAUUA